CAAAAGAGCCCGGCCCGUGUCUCUGCUGGCACCCAGCACCCAUGCUCUCUCUCUGGUGUUUUAGGUAAACAGAAGUACCUCUGUGCCAGCCGCAAUGACUGCACCAUCGACAAGUUCCGACGGAAAAACUGCCCCUCCUGCCGCCUGCGGAAGUGCUACGAGGCCGGGAUGACUCUCGGAGCCCGCAAGCUGAAGAAACUGGGUAACCUGAAGGCACAGGAUGACAUGGAGGGAGCCAGCUCGUCCAGCCCAACGGAGGAGCAAGCUCCCAAGCUGGUGAUGACACGCAUUGACGGCUAUGAGUGCCAGCCCAUCUUCCUCAACGUCCUGGAGGCCAUUGAGCCUGGGGUGGUGUGUGCUGGCCACGACAACAGCCAGCCUGACUCCUUCUCCAACCUGCUGACCAGCCUGAAUGAGCUUGGGGAGAGGCAGCUGGUCUACGUGGUCAAAUGGGCAAAGGCCCUGCCAGGAUUUCGCAACCUGCAUGUGGAUGACCAGAUGUCAAUAAUCCAGUACUCUUGGAUGGGCCUGAUGGUGUUUGCUAUGGGGUGGAGAUCUUUCACCAACGUCAAUUCCAGGAUGCUUUACUUCGCUCCAGACCUGGUCUUCAAUGAGUACCGCAUGCACAAAUCCAGGAUGUACAGCCAGUGCAUCAGGAUGCGGCACCUCUCCCAGGAAUUUGGGUGGCUUCAGAUCACACCCCAGGAGUUCCUCUGUAUGAAGGCUCUUCUCUUCUUCAGUAUUAUUCCAGUGGAUGGCCUGAAGAACCAGAAACUCUUUGAUGAGCUCCGCAUGAAUUACAUCAAGGAACUUGACCGUAUCAUUGCCUGCAAGAGGAAGAACCCCACCUCCUGCUCCCGGAGGUUUUACCAGCUCACCAAGGUCCUGGACUCUGUGCAUCCGAUUGCCAAGGACCUGCAUCAGUUUACAUUUGAUCUCCUAAUCAAGGCACACAUGGUGAGCGUGGACUACCCAGAAAUGAUGGCCGAGAUCAUCUCUGUGCAGGUUCCCAAGAUCCUGUCUGGAAAAGUCAAGCCUAUCUACUUCCAUGCACAGUGAUCUUUCAGAGGGACCCCUGUGCUGCCACCCCCAUUCCAGCCAUCUCCUGCCUGUUACUUCUGCACUACUGUCCUGCAGUGCCUUGGGGAAUCCCUCUGUGGCGGCGGCCAAGGGGACAGGCAGUGACAGACCUGCUGGGAUUCCUGAGAUUACUAUUUUCCUGAGGUACCUCUGAACUGAACCCCUGGCACUGACCUCUGCCUGGCUCCAGCUGCUCAUGGUGAUGGACAGAGACUGGUGGGGGCAGUGGCACCAUGUCUGAGUGUUCUCCCCUGUUUGUCACUGUGACUCCAGCAGCCCAGGGCCACGGGACAGCAGAAGAAGUGCCAGUGGUUGGUGGGUUUGGGGUGAUUUUUAUAAAAAGAAUACAACACAAAGCAGGUUGCAGCUCCGCGUUUGGGUGUGGGUUAUGUUGCCUGCCUCCUUCUGGAUGUUUUGUUUGCAUUAUGGUGCUGGGAAGCAGAUAAGUUCAAACAUUGCAGAAGAGAAGCAGAGCAGAGCUGGGGGACAAGGUGAAUUGUGGCUGAGGAGUUCACGGGCCCUGCAGCCACUGUGGGAUCUGCUGUGGUCAGCUCUGCCCUGGGACCGGCCUGCACUGCCGAGACAUGAGCGAUGGAGCAGCCAGGCUGCAGCGGAAGGCCUGCCGAGGAAGAUCACCUUGGAAAUCCCCCAGUGAUGCCUGGCUCCUGGUUUCCACCUGGGAUGUUUUUCCUAUGGCCUGUCCAGCUGGUCCCCACAGACCCCCGGGUGCUCAGCAGUCACAUUCCUGUCCUUGCCAGCUGCUGCUUCCUGACAAAGCUGAACCCACCUCUGAAAGUGCCUGAUGCCCUCGGACCUCACACCUGCCUGGCUCCCCUGGGCACCUGCAGCCUCUGCCCCCACAUCUGCUCUGCUCCUGUCAUGGCUCUGCAGGCCUGGGAUUCCAGCUAUGCUCUUUGCCUUCAUUUGUCCCAACUAUUUUUUUCCAGUGCCAGCAGAUGAGUGUUCUGGAGCCAAGACCAAGGCCAGGGUCUACGGGACCUGUGGGACCAUGGGACUCCUGUCUGAAUCCUGUCCACGGAGAGGUGGCUGUGGGAACUGGCUGCUGUCACCACGGCGCUUUGGGGAACUGCAAGGGAAGCACCAAGAGACCCCCUGCUCUUGGAAGCAGCACACACAGCUGCUGCUGAUGGCAGUGGCUGAUUGAGCCCAGGAGGACUCCAUUGUGCGCUCACUGUCCCAUGUACAUGGUUCUGUAUGCACCACACCACCCACACCCCAUCCCACGUGCACUGCCACACACACCCAGCCUGUCCCCAGCACACACACAGCAGCCAAGCCUGUGUGCUCUGUGGUGUUUUAGUUCCCCUCUUCCUGCAGAUCCUGAGUACAUCAAAACCACCUGCCCAGACCCAGACAGGCUGUCAGUGACUGCACACGCACAGGCUGGUGCCAGGGUCACAUGUGCCAUCAUGGGCUGUGAUGUGGCCUGGCAUUACCAACCCAGACAUCUACGAGGGAUUCUUGUGCCAGCACAGACAAACAGCAAACUCUGCACCCUCCCAGGGCAGUGAGCACACUCAGAGCCCUGUGCCCACCCUGUGCCCAGCUCAGCUCUCCAGGAAAGGCCAUAAUGGUGCAGCUGCUCCUUUACACACUUGGAGUAAAACAAACAAUUUCCCUGAUGCUUUCAAACCUUUUGAUGGGAUUUUCAUUAUAAGAAGGAGUGGGGGAAAAGCCCCAAUGGAAGGGGAGGAUCUUUCUUUGCAAAGGAUUUCCUUCCUCUGCUAGAUAGGGCUCCGAUCCUGCUCCUCCUCCUGAAAUCCUCUCAUGUAGGCAGCCACAGAAUCCAUGAGUGAACUUUUUGGCAGGCAGCCGGCAGGUUGCUGCUCUCAGAGGCUCCCCCAUGCCAGGGGGCUGCUGGCAUUUUUAGCACUGGUGUGAGCUGCAGAUAUUUGCAAAUGAACCAGUAAAAAAUUCCAGCUGGUGCAUUCCUGUCUUCUGGAAGUUUCCCUGGCUCUUCACAGCAGAGCUCAGUGAGCAGAUGGGUGGUGAUUCUCAGUCCCUGUGAUCAGUUCAGGAUGGCUCCAAGCAGUUGGAACAGCAGUUUGGGAGAGCUUCGUGCUUCACACAGGCUCGUGUCAGUGAAGGUUUGGCUGGUUAAUGAGUGUGGCAGUGUCCUGCUGGGUGUUCAUCUGCUGGGAGACUGGAAAGACGCCAAACCUAACAGGGAUUUGCCCACCCUGCUUUGCUGGUAGGAGCACCAUGUGAAUGAGAAGUGGGGGAGCACGGGAAGGAUUCUGCCCAUGUAUCACCUGCCCCGUGUGUGUCACCCGGUGUGAAGCUGCUCUGGACAGCGAGUGCUGAGCAAGGCAGGAGCUCAUGGGGGGCACCCCCAGGCCAGGACAGAGGGGCAGUCAGGGGCAUUGAGGGGCAUGUUCUCUGUCUCUUCACUGUCACAGUAAACUUCUGCAACUUGUUAAUUAAAAAGUUGGGUUUCUACAAUAUAAUUACCAGGAAAUGUGGGAGCCAGGACUCGCAGCACCUGUGUGUGUGUAUUUGCUGGGGGAAUUAAUGCUGUUUCCAUGUGGAUUUUCAUGAGCUGCUGCAGGAACUGGGGAAGAAGAGGCUUUAAGAAAUACCAAAGUCCAACUCCUGCCAUUUAUCUUUAUGCUUUUUUCUUUUCUUCUGCAUUUUCGUGUCUACUUUUUCUUUAAUAAAGCAAGGAGAAUUUCACUGUGUUCACAGUCCCAAAGAAGCUGUCCCUGAGACUCUCCUCGGGCUGGCUGAGCCCUGGAGUUGGGUGUCACAGCUGAGAUCAACCCUCUCCAUGUUCCCCUGUGGAUUCCCUGACUCUGCUCUGGCUCAUCUCAGAGGUGUGGGGUGUUCUGAGCUGGCUCAGUCUGGGUCAUGGCUCAGCCUAUCAGCUCCUGCCCAAGGCAGCAGAUGGAGGACAAGGGAUACAGACGUUGGCAUCUCCCUGGGAGAAGUGUUUGUGCAUGGAUGGGCACCAUUCCAUAACAGAAGGUGUGGGAUAAAGGAUGCUGCCUUUAGUGAGGGCAAGAAGGACACUUCAGCCCUGUGUCAUGCCAGAAGCAGUGAGAGAUCAAAUGGUGUGAUGGCAUGCAGUAUUCCCAGGGCAGGUAUCACCAACCUGUGCCCACCUGAGCCUGACACGCUCCUGCCAGCACCCCCUGCCUCAGCAGGAGCAAGAGCCAGGACAGCAGCUCUCUGCUGGGAGAGGCUGUGGUUGCAUCUGGAGAACUGUCAGCAUCCACAUGCCACUGCCAUAAUGUCCAAGAGGCCCUUUGUGCUUGGCUCAGGGAACCGGGUGCUCGGUGAGGGAGGUGAAGCUGGGUACUUUCCUGCAGUGCCACUCUUUGCUCUGGGCCGUGGGGUUGUCCCUGUGCUCUGUAGGGAAUGCUGAGGGGUACCCGAGGUGUCACCUGCCUCCCAGCCAGCCCGAGAGCUGCUGCCCUCAGUCACUCCCACCACUGGCCAGCCCUGCAGUCCCUGUGAUCUCCCUCCCCUUGUUGAGCUCUUGCCCUGGACAUUUCAAUAACAUAAUGUAUGCUAAAAUUAUCUAUCUCUGUAUAAAAUAAAGGCAUGGCCCAUUUUCUAUUGCUAAAGAUAUCUAUUUAGUGACGUGCUCUAAGAGUCCUCUCUGGUUGCACACUGAGGUACUGGAUGCUCUGCAGGAGAUGAGUCAGAACGUGCCAAUUUAAUGGAGACUUUUAAUUAUUUUUCUGGCUGGGUGCUGUUCAGUUUGCAAAGGUUCCCCCUUUUGUGGCAUGCACAGAGCACACGCUAGCAUAGGCUGGGGUCGGUAUCACCUUCUCCAGCCUUCCUGUGUCUUCUGGAGGUUAGACAGGGACAGCGUUUGCAUUUGAGGAACAACAGAGUGUCCCUUGUGUUCUUCCCUCUUUGACUCGCACAAAGUGCCCUCACACAUUUGGGCGGAAUGCUGGGGUUACAGAAAGUGUCUGUGUUCCACCUGUGUGCAGGCCCAGGGCUGGCUGUGGGCACUGGGGGUGGCUCUGGGCAGGCAGGGUGGGUCAGAGCCUCCCCUGCCCAGCAGCUCCUGCUCCCUGCCCUCCUUCCCUUCAGCAGCAGAGGGAUGCUGUGCUUGUGACUCACAGAGUAAAUCUCUGCGCCCACAUCAACCCUUAGCAAGUGGAUAAAAGCUGCUCUCUGUGCCGGAUAUUUGGUGUUCUGUGGCAAUUUUAUGCUGUUUCUCUUUGUUAACAUGUCUCUGUAAUAAUAAGAGUUCUCUAUUUGAUAUAUUUUACUUUCUUUGUAAUAAGCCAAAAAGCUCAUUGCUGGUGCCUUUUUGCCUGGGGGGGGGCUCCCAGCCCACAGCUGUGUUCCUGGGAGUAACAAAGGCCAGUCUGCAAUUGCUCCUUCCACCAGAGCUGAGGGAAAGACAGAAGCCAAUGCCACAGCAUUGCCAGAAGAAAAAGAGCCAGCAGCCUUGGAAUGGCAGAGGGACUAUGGGGUAUGAUGCUGGUUCUUUCCUGGGACCUGACUCUAAGGUGAGGGCUGAGCAUGAUACUGGGAAUGCCUUGGCCCCAUUCUGGUGGGACUGUGACCCUGGAGAUGAGAAACCACGUGAUGUAGGUGCAGCACACACAGCCUGGUCUGACCCACUUUGGAAUCGCAGUGCUUUGCCCAAAUUAUAGCAUGACCUGAAGGUAAAUUAUCCCAGAGAAGGAAUAAUAUGGAUUGCUGACACAGCUGGUUUUUCUGGGGUUGUUUUGUGGUAGUGUUUGGGUUUUUUUGUUUGUUUGCUUGUUUGGUGUUGGGGGUUUUUUGUUUGUUUUUGUUUGGGUUUUUUUUUAAUUGGAACUGAAUGCAUUGGAUAAGGAAGAGAGAGCCCAGAGUGUUUUGGUACCAUGAGGGCUGGACUGUGGUGACAGAUGCUGCUGGGGCCAAUGGGGUGCAGUGCAGGAUGCCCUGGGGACAACUGCAACUCACACGUCCCCAUGUGGGACUGAAGGACAUUUAUUUGUGUAACCAAAGAGAGGGGCCUGCCUGGCACCCAGGUAAAGAAACCGAUGACACCGUGCUGGGGGUAAAUGAGAAUUCUCCUUUCUCUUUCAGCCAUGCCACAGGCUGGCCCCUCACGCUUGGUGUUCAGUUCUUUUUGUAACCUGAAAAUCUGCUGUUGUUCUGAGUCUAAUAAAUGCAGAAUCUGGUUUGCUGGAGCUCUA